CACGCGAGAGACUUCUUGUUCCCGAACGACACUGGCGACGAACCUCUUUUGUUGGUUACGAUCUACACCACACUCAGCCCGAUCGGGGUUCUUCGAGUCGUUGAUAUUUUAAGCAAAUUGUUUAAAUGUUCAGUCGUGAGACGGUCGUCAAGAUGAAAGCAGCUGCCAAGUUCGGUCUCAGUUUCCUAGUGCUGUUCAGUGUUGUGUGCGGAUUUUCCGCGGCACAAAGCCAGCUCAGACGGCAGUAUGAGACCAACCGUCGCACUUCGGUGGGCGCCGUUCGUGAAAGGGAAGGUCCAAAGAGGGUUUUACCAGUUCGGGAGCCAAUCCGGGAACCAGUCCGUGUCGCUCCAGUGGCAUCGGAAGAAAUCGAUCCGGAACUGUCGGAAAACUGUCCGGAACCGAAUGGAUACUUUGCCGACGCUGAACAGUGCGACAAAUACUACGCUUGUCGCGAUGGACAAAUCACCGAGAAGCUUUGCCCCGAUGGAAUGGUGUUCAAUGACUACGACAUCGAUCAGGAAAAGUGCGAUUUGCCGUUCAACAUCGAUUGCAGCAAACGACCAAAACUGCAAACACCUAUUCCAUCCCAGCACUGCCCCCGGUUGAACGGAUACUUUGCCAGCGAAACAGGAGCAUGUGACAAAUUUUACUACUGCGUGGAUGGCAAGUUCAACAUGAUAACCUGCCCGGCCGGAUUAGUAUUUAACCCAAAGACCGGAAUCUGCACAUGGCCCGAUGAGGCUGGCAAGAGCGGUUGCUCUUCUGAGGAUGUGUUCAAAUUUACCUGCCCGAAGGUGAACGAAACCGUAGGCGUGACCCAUCCUAGAUAUGCUGAUCCGGAAGACUGUCAAUUCUUCUACGUGUGCAUCAAUGGGGAAACACCCCGUCGCAAUGGUUGCAAGCUAGGACAGGCUUUCGAUGACUCUGCUAAACACUGCGAAUGGGCUCGUAAGGUUCCGGAAUGUGUUGAUUGGUACAAGGACAGACUGACGGACGCUCAGCUGGAUGAGCUGGAAAAUCCUCCAACUACCAAAGCUCCCGCUAAGCCAUCUAAGGUUUCACGUCGUCGGCCUUCCAAGCGACCAAAACUAGAUGAUGAAGAAGAGUAAUAAGAAACACUGCCAAAUUUGAGUUGUUCUCCUUUAAUACUCAAAAUUCAAUACUCUUUUUAUGUCUUGAGGUUUAGACUAUCAGUACUGUAAUUUAUUGAUUUCUUUUACCUGUAGAAAAUAUAUUCAAUAAAAGUAUAUUGUAUAGAUGUAUCCAAAAUCAAAGUA